AUGUUGGGGAAGGACAAUAUAUUCACUUUGCUUCUUAUAGGCAUUGUUACCAAUGCUCAGUUAUCGUAUUCUGCAACAACAUUGAGAGUCCUGUUCAUAGGAUCAUCGUACAGUGGUCCAGCACACAGUGUCCCCCAGUGGGCCAGAGGGGAGGAGCUCAUUCCUGGAGCACUCUUAGCUGCUCAAGAGAUCAACAGCAGAGAUGACAUACUACAAGAGUUGGAGAUCGAGGUGGUGCCUAUUGUAGUUCCUAACUGUAGUAUUGUGGAGGGUAUUGUGAAGACAAUGGAGGAGAUACUUGAACAGAGGAAUAAAAUGCUUUCAGUAAUUGGAUUGUCCUGUAAUAAACUUGCUGGAGUUAUUGCAGCUCUAGUGAGCAGAGAGCUAGUUAGUCUGAUACAACUGAGUGGGGCCACUGCACUAGGAGGUGGGCUGCACUACCCACACCAUUACAGCACUCUAGCAGGAGUGGAGUAUCAUGCCAGGGCAAUACUGGACUUAAUGCAAGCACUCAAUUGGACCAAGAUUGGCCUACUAAACAGUGUCUCAGAGUUUGAUAACUACUAUACAACAUUGACAGAGGCAUUUGUUAGUGAAGUGGGAAUGAAUACUUCUGUAGAGAUAUUAUUCCAUUCAGAGGUUGGUAACUACGGUGAACACGAUACAACUGUAGAGUACGCUAUUAGGAAAGUUCAACUCUCAAAGAUACACAUUGUAGUUGCUUUCUUCCCACCAUACAAAAGUUUUGAUCUAAUUUGCCGUGCAUAUCUCCAAGGCUUGACCUGGCCUAACUACGCUUGGAUCUUAUCAGAUGUUCCCCUACAAGACUUGCACAAGACUAACACAAGUGACUGCAAUACAGAGACAUUGUUGAGAGCAAUGGAGUAUGUGAUUGUGAUACAACAGGUCGUACAACCAGCGGAUCCCCAUGGUAACCUAGUCUCUGGGAGGAGCUACACUAGUUACAUGGAGGCUAUGACUAACCAUACAAACACAUUCAACCCAUUUGCCAACAUUGUCUAUGACUCAGUCUGGGGACUUGGUCUGGCUAUUAAUAAUUCACUGAGGGAGCUACAGAAUCAAUCAAUGCACACACUCACAGCCCUUGACUCCAACACGGCCAACACUAUUGGGGCAAAGCUACUAACAACACAUUUCACUGGAGCAUCGGGAACUUUUCAGUUCAGUAGCUCUAAUAAUAGACAAUUGGACCAAACUAUUCACAUCUCUCAAAUACACAACCAGUCCCUCGUUACUAUAGGAACGCUACACACAAACAGCUCUAAUACAAUAUUCAACUUGUCCAACUUUGGCAAUAAUCCCCCAACCAGCCAAAUAGCACGAGUAUACAUCACUGUACACAUUGCUGCUACAGUGACCCUGACUGCAGCUGCAUGUGCCAGUCUACUGCUGGUCAUUGGAGUAUUCCUAAUGUUCAUUUUCUAUCGGAACCAGGCUGAAGUGAAAGCUGCCAGCAAAUAUUUGAGUAUUUCCAUGUUUCUCGGCUGCUGCCUACUACUGGUAGGAGCUACACUGCACAGCAUUACUAGCCAUCUAAUAAUCACUCGCACUAGUACAAGACUCUCGACAUGUAUGAUUGAAAUAUCGAGCACUUCGAUUGGUCUAGACAUGAUCAUCGCCACAGCAACGGCUAAGACUUUACGCAUAGCCUAUUUGUUUACACAUUUUAGGAGCAUGGGAAAAGCUUGGUCAGAUAAAGGGUUGCUAGGGUUUGCUGCCCUCCUAGUGAUUGGUAAAGUGUGUCUACUUGUUGUGUGGUUUGUAGUAGAUCCGUACCAGCUGGAGGACAGGAAGACGUUUGUGAGGGGGGGAGGCCACUACAGUGUGGUGCAACAGUGCACGUCUGUACACGUCGGAGUGUGGCUGUCUGUAGUAUUACUCUAUACUGGUGUGCUGUGUGUGGUUCUGGUGGUCCUAGCUUACAGAACAAGGAGAAUCAAACGUGAGAAUUUCAAAGAUACAAAGAAACUGAAUGCACUGAUUGCUGGUAUCAUAAUGACUGCAAUAAUCUGCACUUCUACUUGGGGAAUAUUGAGAUUGGUUGGCCUAUCACAAGCCAGCAAAACUAUGGCAAAUCUCGGCUACAUAAUCAUUCCAAUAUUGUGCCAAGCAUUUCUGUUCAUUCCCAAGAUCUACCCGCCAUUGCGAAGGCAUAUUGAAAUGCUGAGGCCCUCGUACUCUGCACAACCUAACACUAUACCAUAUGGGGGAAUACUGAGUGAGAUCAACUAUCACAAACUAAACAAUUGAGACUGAAAUUAACUGAGUUUUGGGACUUUUCUUUUGUUCUAGUUUAUAGUUUACAGAUAGGAAACACACAUGUAAGGUUUGUGUAUUGUGUACACAGGUACGAGUGUUGUAGUGUACACAGGUUGAUAUCAAACAGUUAGUCGUUCUUCAAAUUAAUCAAAAC